CGCUCCCGUCGGGCGUGCGGCGCCCCAGCUGCCGCUGCCCUGCGGCCGCCGCGCCCCACGAUGCGCUAGGCUGCGGGCCUCGGCCGCCCGCGGCAGCAUGGCCCGGCCCGUGCAGCUGGCGCCAGGCUCGCUAGCGCUGGUGCUAUGCAGGCUGGAGGCGCAGGAGGCGGCGGGAGGCGCGGAGGAGCCGGGUGGGCGAGCGGUGUUCCGCGCCUUCCGCCGCGCCAACGCGCGCUGCUUCUGGAACUCGCGGCUGGCGCGCGCCGCCUCGCGGCUGGCCUUCCAGGGCUGGCUGCGGCGCGGGGUGCUGCUGGUGCACGCGCCCCCCGCCAGCCUGCAGGUGCUGCGCGACGCCUGGUGCCGCCGGGCGCUGCGCCCGCCCCGCGGCUUCCGCAUCAGGGCGGUGGGUGAUGUCUUUCCAGUGCAAAUGAAUCCAAUAGCUCAAUCUCAGUUUGUACCUUUGGCUGAAGUUCUUUGCUGUGCUAUAUCUGAUAUGAAUGCCGCUCAGACUGUAGUAACACAGGAAUCGCUGUUGGAGCAUUUGAUGAAACAUUACCCAGGCAUUGCAGUUCCAUCUCAAGAUAUUCUCUAUACCACUCUGGGAAUUCUGAUUAAAGAAAGGAAGAUUUAUCACACUGGAGAAGGAUACUUCAUAGUUACUCCUCAUACUUACUUCAUCACAAAUAUAAACCUCCAAGAAAAUAAGAGAGUCCUGUCAGAUGAAAGUCACCCAAUGCCAACUUGCGUUACAUAUCUGGUGAGCAUGGAGAGCUGUGCAGAGUUAGCCAAAGAAAAUGCUGCUCCCAUUUCCCAUUGUCAGUCGUGCCGGUGUUUCCCUGAUGUGUGCACUCAAGAUGGACAGGAACCACCGGCUGCUGCAGAAGUGACCAGAAAAGGCCAGAAAGGUCCUGGGGAAUCCAAAUCUUUGGUACAGAAUCGAGCAGUUUCAGUGUCUGAGGAGAAUCACGUCUGUGAGAGCAACAAACCUUUACCAUACACAAAAGAGAGAGAAAAAGGCAAGAAGUUUGGCUUUAGCCUCUUCUGGCGCAGUAUAUCCAGAAGGGAGAAGUCUAGAACACAGCACAGCAAUUUCUCUGCCCAGUUCCCACCGGAAGAAUGGCCCGUUCGAGAUGAAGACAACUUGGACAAUAUCCCUCGAGACAUCGAACAUGAGAUAAUCAAACGAAUUAAUCCUGUUCUGACUGUUGACAAUUUAAUCAAACAUACCGUCCUUAUGCAAAAAUAUGAAGAAAAGAAAAAAUAUAAUAGCCAGGGCACUUCCACUGAUAUGCUGACAGUCAAGCACAAGUAUCCUUCAAGAGAGGGAGUUAAGAAAAGGCAGGGCCGGUCUGCAAAGACUCAAAGGCGAGGCCAUUCUCAUAGGGAUAGACACAAAGCCAGGAGUCAGGGAAGUGAGCCUCAGCCAGGAAGCAUUAGACUGGACAAACGCCCCAAGCUUCCUGCUACAGAGUCCACCCCCAGAAUUAAGAGGCUAAACAAAGCAGUAGUUCAGAAACCACUUGGUGAGAAUACGUCAGUGCUAGGUUCCCAUUUGAUUUACAAAAAGCGAAUCAGUAAUCCUUUCCAGGGUUUGUCUCACCGAGGGAGCCCAAUUACCAAAGGGCACACCAUCCAGAAGACCGGUGAUCUGAAACCCAGUCAGACUGGACCGAAUGGAGAGUCUUCCCAAAGGUCAGGGUCUUUGGAUUCCUCAAGAAUCUUUGAAAGUGAAGCCAAACAGCUGUAUGCUGAACAAUGUAAUGAUAAACUGAAGGCGGAGUCCAUUUAUAUGCAUAAUUCCACUGUCAAAUCUACUGGUGAUGACUUUAGGGAUCACCUCUUAAAUUACUCUCAAUGUAGUGUUUUGCAAAGUGAUAGUAAAUGCUGUUCCUUUAGAGAAAGCAUGUUGAGAUAUGAUGUGUAUGGUGGAGAAAAUGAGGUAAACUCUGAAGUCUUGAAAAAAAAUUAUUCUCACUUUAACACAUUAGAGGAGAUAAAAGAAACCCAACAUGUCCUGCCAUCACGAGGUUCCUCCUCUUUAGACCAAGCAUCCUCUGCUUGUAGAUUAAUUGAUAAAACAAUGCACCAGUUCCAAAAUCUUGGUCUUUUGGAUUAUCCAGUUGGUGCGAACCGUUUGAGACAACCUGAGAGACAAGACACAGACUCAGAAGAAACACUAAUGAGAAAGGCAUUUGUCCAGGAAGGAGAGACUGUAAGUCUAGAAAAUGAAGGGCCCUCUGAUGAUGACCAGGCCUUGUAUCAGAAUGAAGUGGAAGAUGAUGAUGGUGCCUGCAGUUCAUUAUAUCUAGAUGAGAAUGACUUUUCUGAAAAUGAUGACUUAUGUCAAAUGCUGCCUGGCUACAUUCAGUAUUCCUUUACAGGCGGAAGGAAGUGGAAUCAUUUAGGAAAACAAAAGGUGACUGAAAGAUCUCUGACUGAGUACAACAGCAAAAUACAUAGGUUUGAGCCUCAGGUGCUUAAAGGAAAUGAAUGUUACAAACCUACGGGAUUGCUCCCUAACUCAGGUGAAAGCCAAAAACCUAAUCUCUCUGCUGAAAGCUGUGGCCUCAAUUCAGGGACCUGGUCCAGUUUUAACUAUGAAGAGCAACCUAGUGUUGCUAAAUGUGGACAGGCCUUAGCAUCUGUUGAUGGAAGUAUCUUUGAUUACUAUAGCACAAGGAACGCCAGUUCUGAAGCUGAAACUCUACACGACUCUGUUGGUGGCACAGGAAAGAAAUCAGCUAGUUGGAGUCAGAAUGCUCAGAAUCAGGAAAUGAGAAAAGAGUUCACACAGAAGUUAGACCUUUUCAACACUUCACCUAUGCCAGUGUUGGCUCAGGAUAUCCAACAAAAACAUAGUCACUUGGAAGGAACAGAAAAUCAUAGCAUGGCAGGAGAUAGUGGAAUAGAUUCUCCACGGACACAGAGUCUGGCAUCUAAUAAUUCAGUCAUUUUGGAUGAACUAAAAAGAAGACAGAAUUUUCUGCAGAACUUUGAAGGCACAAAGAGCAGUCAAACACUCACAUCCAAUCCCUUACUACAGCUAACUCCAGUCAUAAAUGUUUAAUUCUUAUUGUCCUUCUAGAAACUUUUUCUUUGUAAAAAUGUACAGCAUUAAUUAGAAUGUUUUAAUCAACUGAGUAUACAAGAAUUCUCUAAAGCCAAGCAUAUAUGCUAUUAAUCUCAUUACAUAUUUUGUUCUAGUUACUGGCUUUUUUCUUUUUUUGAGAUUUUGAAGCUUUUUUUUUUUUUUAGCUUAUUUUACUAUGAAUUUAUUGGGAAUAUGUAGAUUGUUUGCAAUUAAAAAAAACAUGGAAUCCUUGGUCCUUUUCCAAUUAAAUGUAAUUAACUCGAAUUUUUAGACAUUCAUUAGUUUCUCAAAUAUGUAGGAUGUUAAUUUAGUACCCAGCAGUGAAUUUGUCUAUCCACACUAAAGCUGAGUUCUUAUGUUAGGUGGAUCUCACCAGAUUUCACACAAAAAUCCAGAAAAUAGUGUUUUAGGGUUGUAUAGAUACUUUGUUUGCAGCUAAAGUAUUUUAUCGUUAUCAGAAAGAAUUUAUGUAGAUGUCUUGGGUACUUUGCAACAAGAAUUCCUUCCAUCCAUUCAUGGCUGCCAAGGAUCUUCUCUGCGACCAGCUUGAACAUGAACAAACGGCUCCACGUUGUGACUGACUAACAGUGUCCAAAAUACCUAUGGCAGUAGGCAUCUGGCUCUACUAUUUCUCUGGUUCCUUCUCAUAUUUGAGGCUCUCUAUCGCAUGGCAGUGAGAAGUCAGGAUGUUCUCAGAUGGUGGAGAUAGAAGGGAAGCAGAAUGGUUGCAGAAUUGCUUGUGAGUGAAGGAGUGGUUCUGAAUUAGAGAUUUAGAGAAAAGAUGGAAGAUGGCUGAUAGUCCAUCUACAUUUGAUCCAUUUCCACUCAUGAUAAGACCUUAGCUUUGCCAGAGUUUGUUCUGGCAGGCCUUUUCAGACCAAGUAGUGGAAUGGUUAGUUGUCUUGGUUUGGGGAACGUGGAGCAGUCGAGACUGGUUUUGGCAUAUUGGGUAGAUGCUAAUGCUGACUGUGGUUAAAGGGAUGUUUCUUCUAAAAGGUUUCUAAGGAUUGUCAAGGCCUUAAAUCUCAAAGAUGAUUGAAUAAUUGGAGAGUGCCUCUUUCCAACUCUCAUCAUCCUGAUAACAGUGAAGGCCAGAAUGAAGCUCAGCACUGGAGAGCUGCCUCCAGGCCCUAUGGCUGUGCAGAGGAGGGGAGAUCAGAUUCGCUGCUCUGUUUUGCAGUGGUUGGACCACUCUCUCCUGACUACUGGUUUUCAGUAUCCCUAACCAACCUACCAUGGCAUUCCAAGAUUAGCUGUGGUCACAAGGACAUUCAAAACCCUGGGCAAAGUAUCAAGAAGGGUAAUCUAGAUAGAAAAGCCUUGUAGGGGAGGCAUUGUUUUAGGGGGUCUUACAGCUUGGAAUCAGCAUCAGUGAAUAGAAGUUAGGAGAAAGAUUUCAGCUCAGUAUGAAGAACUUCCCAUUAGACAAAACCAUCUAUAGAGGAAAUAGACAUCUUUGUAAACAAAUGAAUUUCCCAUUACUUAGGGCAUUCAAGCAGAGUCUUGGUGAUCCCUUGACUGGUUAUGUUGCAGAGGUAUUUCCAGUACUUAGCUUAACAGGGUGUCUGCACUAGAUGAUUUUGAAGAUUCCUUCCAACUCUAAGGUUUUGUGCUUAUAAGAUUCAGUGAGAGUUAUAUGUCAAAUAUAUCUCAAUAAAUAAAAAAGAAAAAAUAAUUCAGUGAGCAUCCUGUGAAAUACUGAACUCAUGUAAGAUUCCUGAGUAUUGCUUCCAGUUCUCCGUUUCUGCACCUAUCCUUGCCAAUCCUUGGAAAAAGAAGCACCAACAUCUCAGUCUGUCUUUGAUUUUGGACCUGGACAAGUUUCUUAGAAGAGUGAGGAAUCCAAACUUUUUUGUGGCUCUAGCCACAUCUAGGGACCAAAUGAAAUCCAUCUAAUUUUGCCACUGGAUGCAUUAUUACACUCUCUAAGUGCAUUAAAUGAAGCCUAUUAUGAAACCAAUAAACUUCCCUUCUACAAAACACAA